AUGGAGAUCUUAAAAAAUCAAUGGAAGUUAACUGGGGAAUGUCAAUUGAUUCCUUUGGGCAAAGGUUUUUUUACUAUCAAGUUAUCCAAUAAAGUAGAUCAGAAUAAUAUCAGAAACUAUAGUUGGGAUGUUCAGGAUCAGGUAUUGAGAACUAGAAAUUGGAUACCAAAUUUCAGACCAGCAAAUCAACGAACAUCUCAUGCGUUGAUUUGGGUUUCUCUACCAGGGUUGAGCUUGGAAUACUGGGAUGAACAGACAUUGUUUACUAUUUGUGAUGCAAUUGUUAAUCCAGUGAAAGUUGAUAAUGCUACUCUUAAAUAUUCAAGUGGUUUUGCUACAAAUGUUUUGGAAGUUUUACUACAUAAUCUUCCAAAAUUCUGUUCUAAGUGUAAGAUUGUUGGUCAUAGCUUAUCAGAAUGUAGAUUCCAGAAAGGAUCUUCAAAUGUUAAUCCCACAACAUCUUCAUCUCAGGGUGUGAAGAAUCAAGAUGAAGUACCUAAAGUUAAUAAUAUUCAAAAGCCUUUUGAUAUUUGUCCACCUCCAGAAGUUCCUAUGAAUGUGGUUAAUUAUAUAACAUCUACUAAUGUUGAUCCUCCAGUGAGUAAUGAAAUUCCUAUCUCAAGUGAAAGAUUUAGCUCUUUACAGGAUGAUGAAGUAAUUGUGGCUGAAAACAAUUAUAGUCCCAGACAAGAACAAGAUUUUCUGACUCCUACAAAAAUUCUUAAAGUGGUUGAAGAUAAUUCAUUGGAAAUAAGUGAAGUCAAGUUUAUUAAUGGUAAAAAUGGUAUGCAUAGUAUGGUGAUUCAUAAUUCAGUCUCAAAUAACAAGGGUAACAUUUGGUUAUUCUGGAAUAGAAAUUUACCUACUCCUACAGUGGUGUCUAUGUCAAGUCAGAUGAUAAUAGUGGAAUUUAGUGAUGUUCUUAUAUCUGGUAUUCAUGCUCAUCUGAUAAGAAGAUUGGAGAGCUGUAUUCAAUCAAUUAUGGUUACAAAAUUUGAAAACUGGAGUUACAAAGUGGGACUAAGAGUGGCAUCUGAUCGCUCUCCUUUGCUGGGUGGAGGAACUCAAAUUUCAAAACCACAUAAUGCCCCAAUGAGCUUUCAGAAAAUGUGGAUUUCUCAUCCAAAAUUUAUGGAGGUUGUUGAAGAAUGUUGGUCUGAGCAAAUAGCAGGUGAUCCAGCUUUUGUAUUCCAACAGAAGUUAAAGAAGUUAAAAAAGGUACUCAAUGAAUGGAAUUGGAAGGUUUUUGGUAAUAUUAAUGUUCAGAUUAAGGAAGCCGAAGAAAAAGUGCAAGAUGCAAUGGUUAUUUCAGACAAUAAUCCAUUUGAUGAAGUAGCUCUGAAUAAUUUGGUAGAAGCACAAAAUUUAUUUAACUCUAAAGAAGUUCAUCUGAAUACUUUUCUUAAACAAAAAUCUAGAAGUAAAUGGAUUCAACAUGGUGCAGCUAAUACAGGGUUCUUACAUACUCAUCUUAAGAUCAUACAAGCAAGAAAUUUAAUAACUGAAUUGGAGGAUGGUAAUGGAAAAGUCAUUUAUGAUCAGAAGCAAAUACAAGAUAUUUUGGUUAAAUUUUUUGAAGACAAAUUCAAGUAUAAAGAAGUAGAAAAAGUUGACCAUAUGCUUAAUCGUAUUCCAGAAGUAAUAACUAAUGAGGAUCAAAAGAUGCUAGAGGCAAUUCCAAGUGCAGAAGAGAUUAAACAAAUAUUAUUUGCAAUGGAUGAAGAUAGUUCUCCAGGGCCAGAUGGUUUUUCUAUGAGUUUCUACAAGGCUUGUUGGAAUGUUGUUCAUCAAGAUGUGGUGGGUGCAAUACAAUUUUGCUGGAGAAGUAAGUUCAUUCUUGAAGGGUUAAACUCAAUUUUUUUUGUUCUCAUUCCUAAAUCUGAAGAAGCAAGGAAUCCAAAACAAUUUAGACCAAUUUAA